UUCGGUAUGGUAAUGGCUUCAUGAUGUUCACUUACUCAAACUCAAGAUUAUAUGGCUCACGUUUCUGCAGAAACUUUUAUCUCAUCUCAUCUCUCCUUUUCUCUAUAAAUACGCCUCUAUUUCAUAACUUCCUCUUCAUCUUUAUUGAUAUUUCUCAAUAUAAUUGAUCUCUGUCUCAUAGUUAUAAAAAGAAUUGUAUCAUAAGUAGUCAUAUAAAAGAAUGGUUAAGUUCACAACUUUCCUCUGCAUCAUCGCUCUUCUUCUCUGCUCCACGCUAACACACGCAUCAGCUCGGCUCAAUCCAACAUCCGUUUAUCCAGAAGAAAACUCCUUCAAGAAACUAGAACAGGGAGAGGUAAUCUGUGAAGGUGUUGGAGAAGAAGAAUGCUUCUUGAUACGAAGAACUUUAGUUGCUCACACUGAUUACAUCUACACUCAAAACCACAAUCCCUAAAUGAUCAAUUAGCUUCUUAUUAUUGUUGGAUACUUGGAUUAGUAAUCAGUAUAUAUAUCCACAUAUAUAUAUGAUGUUUUUCUUAUAUCCAUAUAUUUAGCUUCUUAAUAUUGUUGCACUUUGUACUUUCUUAAUUAUUAACCAAAAGUACUACACAUUUAUAUACUUAUCACUUAAUCUGAAUAUACAUACGCGUAUAAGAUUAUUCAAUUAUUGAACUAAGUUUUAAUGUCUUCUUGCAGACCACACAAGCUAAUUAAUCUCCUCUAAUUUUUUAUUUUUUUUUUUGUCAAACAAACAACCUCUCAUCUCAUUUUAGUCUUAAAUGAAAGAAGCUGACUUUAUUUGUUUUGUGUAAAUUAAAUCCCUCAUUUGACAGCAUCAGUUUCUCAUCAUACCACACACGCGUUAAAGAUAAUAAAAACAUACACCUAUCAAAUAAUGACACACCCACAUCUAUAAAUGUAUAUAGAGACAUAUAUGCUUCGCGAUUUAUGUGUGGAUGUUAAAAGUAUAACUACAAACUUCUCAAUAACUUCCUCGUUCAAUAACAUACACACAAAUAGUUUACCAUGAAAUACUACUCAACAUCAAUAAAGAAUUAGUAUGAAUAAUAAAAAUUUACAUCAUUCAUACGCAUUAUACUUG